AUGGACGACCUCAGCCAUUUGGAUUCAUCGUUCCCUGAUAAGCCGUCUCGCCCUGUCCAGCAUGGCGCGCUGGCUCUUCUGCCAGUGGAGCUGUUGAUUCAGAUCUUCAAUCACCUCCUAGAUGCCGGGGACUCAGGGCGGGCUCUGGCACUGUCAUCUUGCUCAAUACGCCUUGCCGUCAUCCAGGACUUCUAUCGUCACAAUGGCAAGGCCAUCUUCUUGCUGGGUCUCCAGACUGCUGACGUGGCCAUGCUACAACGUUGCGAGAGGUUUGGCGUAGCAUCCACUAGGUACGUCUGGGAGGUACCCAUUUGUCCCUUACAGAGAACGAAUCUUGAAGAUACUCCGUAUCCUGGGUCCAUCUGGCGCGAAGGUCGAAAAGGGGCUAUCUAUCACCGUCCCGUCGACCGCCUAUUGGAGAGCGCCUUUGCAGGAGAUCAUAUUGAACAGAAGCAUUACAACGCUCUAAAGUGGUUGGUAGAGAGGCGCCACGACGCGAGCAGCAGCAACGAGCGUUUGCCUGGAAAGCACAUGGUCAGGUCCCUACCAAGCCAACUGCAGAAGGUGAGAGACAGAAAGUCGAUGGUGUGUCUUUCCAGAAUGCUUCAGCUCCUCAGCACUUGGGGAUUCCCAACCCCUUGCACCAAGUUUGCACUGGACAGGCUACCAGGGAUCGGAUCGGAGAUCCCCAGUUACCUCAUCAUCAGCGGGGACUAUCAUGGCAAACUUACAGAUCGCGACGAGGUCAGGGGGAACUUGGUAUCCGUUUCAAUGAGGUCUCACUGUCCCUCCUCAGUCCUGCGGGUCGUCCUUCAAGACUAUAAGAGCCGAGGCGUUCAGCUCAAAAACGAGUAUGCAAAGCCCCCUGUCGGAAUGCAAGUUGAGUACGACGACGAGCGCGACUGGGAUGACACCUGCUGGUGGCAUACCUGCAGGAUGGACGAUCUGCUGGGAAUUCUGCACGGCGACCGCUUUGGACUAUGGGGUUGGGAAGAGGCAUACCCGGGAGAGGUGACGGAUAUCUUUACCGAGAAGCUUGAGCUUCUGGUCGACUAUGAAGCCCUCACCAAGGAGGAGAAGGGCAUGCUCGUGACAGUCCAGGAGGCUAUGGAGGACAUUGACAACAUGCAGAAGGAGAGCUCGCUCACCGGGCUUGCGCUCCAGAAGGCUGCGUGGGAGAAGCUGUGGACGGCUGUGGGCCCUUACGCCAGGAAGGCCCGCGUAAUGAGCGAGAAUAGGGUUGUAGGUCGUCUCAGAAAGGAGAGGCUGCAUAAGUUCGCCUUCUACCGCUCGGAACGGUUAAUCAACCCGUGGGCAUCGUGGCACGCGCAAGCAGAGCUUCAGAAGCGUCUUCAGGCGUGGGGUCCUAUGUCGGUUAGUGACUUUGAGCAGGCACUGAGGAAGGAUAGGGACUGGCAGCACAUGUGGAAGGUGUUUUGGUGGGCUCUGGAUGUCAACAAACCGGGUGAACGCUGCGACCCGUGGUCCCAGGUAGGCAUUGACGAGUGGCUAAGCACCCUCAAGAGGAAAUGCCCGCUGAAGCUACCAAGGGACGGCCCGUCUAUGGGUUUUGUAGGCUGGAUCAGGUUUUUCAACUAUUAUGACCGUCUCGGCAGAUAUAUUCUUUAG